AUGUCCAAGAGCUCGAGGAAGAAAAGCCACUGGACGAGCCGGGUCCACGAGAGCGUCAUCGGCCGCAACCAGCAGGGCCAGCUGGGCUUCGACCUGCGGGGCGGCGCGGAGCACGGACAGUUCCCCUACCUGGGGGAGGUGCGCACCGGCCAGGUGGUCUACAACAGCGGGACCAAGCUGGUGGCCGAGGAGCUGCUGCUGGAAGUCAACGAGACCCCCGUGGCGGGGCUGACCCUCAGGGACGUGCUGGCCGUCAUCAAACACUGCAAGGACCCCAUCCGGCUCAAGUGCGUUCGCCAAGGAGGAAUUGUUGAUAAGGAUCUCCGUCACUACCUCAAUUUACGGUUCCAGAAAGGAUCGGUGGAUCACGAGCUUCAGCAAAUCAUACGGGACAACCUUUACCUCCGCACAGUACCAUGCACCACAAGGCCACAUAAAGAGGGAGAGGUCCCAGGAGUGGACUAUAUAUUCAUUACCGUUGAAGAUUUUAUGGAACUGGAGAAAAGUGGAGCCCUCUUGGAAAGUGGAACCUAUGAAGAUAACUACUACGGCACCCCAAAGCCCCCAGCAGAGCCGGCUCCCUUGCUCUUCAAUGUAACAGACCAGAUCCUUCCGGGAGCCACACCGAGCGCAGAGGGGAAACGCAAGAGGAAUAAGUCCGUGAGCAACAUGGAGAAGGCUGGCAUUGACCCUCCGGAGGAGGAGGAGGAAGAGGGACCCAUGGUGAACGGAAAUGGAGAAGUGGCAAUACCAGAGACAAGUGAGCAUGAAGAGAAGAGUUCAGGUGCCUCAGGAGACAUUCCCUCCCAGCCUUAUCCUGCACCGAUGUACAGUCAGCCAGAUGAAUCCAAGGAGGAUAUGGAUGUAGCGAAGCCAGCGAAGCCUGAGGAGAAUGAUGAGCUGGGCUCCCUGCCCGAUAACUGGGAGAUGGCCUACACGGAGAAGGGGGAAGUCUACUUCAUUGACCACAACACAAAGACAACAUCAUGGCUGGAUCCACGUCUUGCGAAAAAGGCUAAGCCUCCUGAAGAGUGCAAAGAAAAUGAACUUCCAUAUGGCUGGGAGAAAAUUGAUGAUCCAAUUUAUGGCACUUAUUAUGUUGACCACAUAAAUAGAAGGACACAGUUUGAAAACCCGGUCCUGGAAGCCAAAAGGAAGCUACAGCAGAAUAACAUGCCCACCACGGAGCUUGGCCCGAAGCCUCUACAGGCCCCCGGCUUUCGAGAAAAGCCACUUUUCACCCGGGAUGCAUCACAACUGAAAGGAACUUUUCUCAGCACAACCCUGAAGAAGAGCAACAUGGGAUUUGGGUUUACCAUCAUCGGUGGUGAUGAACCAGAUGAGUUUCUGCAGGUGAAGAGCGUCAUUCCUGAUGGACCCGCAGCCCAAGAUGGGAAAAUGGAGACAGGUGAUGUAAUUGUCUAUAUCAACGAAGUGUGUGUCCUCGGACACACUCACGCAGAUGUGGUCAAACUCUUCCAGUCGGUCCCUAUUGGCCAGAGCGUGAACCUGGUGCUGUGCCGUGGAUACCCACUGCCCUUUGACCCCGAAGAUCCAGCCAACAGCAUGGUGCCGCCCCUUGCGUUAAUGGAGCGGGUCCCUCCACUGGCGGUCAACGGAAGGCAUAACUACGAGACGUACCUGGAAUACAUUUCUAGGACGUCGCAGCCUGUCCCAGAUGUGGCCGAUCGACCACCCCAUUCUUUGCACUCCAUCCCAGCAGACAGUCAGCUCGAUGGUCCGUUUCCACCCCCAGCGGUCCACGAUGACAACGUAUCGAUGGCUUCUUCGGGGGCUACCCAAGCUGAACUUUUGACCUUAACCAUUGUGAAAGGGACCCAGGGCUUUGGCUUCACUAUCGCAGACAGUCCCACCGGACAGAGGGUGAAGCAAAUUCUAGACAUUCAGGGAUGCCCUGGCUUGUGCGAAGGCGACCUCAUUGUUCAGAUUAACCAGCAGAAUGCACACAACCUGAGCCAUACGGAGGUAGUGGAUAUACUUAAGGAGUGUCCUGUGGGAAGUGAGACAUCUCUGAUUAUCCACAGAGGAGGGUUUUUUUCUCCUUGGAAAACUUCAAAGCCUAUAAUGGAGCGAUGGGAAAACCAAGGCAGUCCCCAGACCAGUCUAUCUGCCCCGGCCAUCCCUCAGAACAUCCCCUUUCCUCCCACCCUACACCGGAGUUCCUUUCCAGACUCCACAGAGGCCUUCGACCCCCGGAAACCCGACCCGUACGAGCUGUACGAGAAAUCAAGAGCAAUUUAUGAAAGUAGGCAGAAAGUGCCACCCAGGACCAGUUUUCGAGCGGAUUCCUCUGGUCUGGACUACAAGGAAUUGGACGUUCACCUUCGGAGGAUGGAGUCUGGAUUUGGCUUUCGAAUCCUAGGAGGAGAUGAACCCGGACAGCCGAUUCUGAUCGGAGCAGUGAUCGCGUCGGGCUCAGCGGACAGAGACGGGCGGCUGCACCCUGGUGACGAGCUGGUCUAUGUGGAUGGCAUCCCCGUGGCGGGCAAGACCCAUCGAUAUGUCAUUGACCUCAUGCACAACGCGGCCCGCAAUGGCCAGGUCAACCUCACCGUCAGGAGGAAGGUGCCGCCUGUAGGGGAGUCCUGUCCCGAGAAUGGAAGGAGCCCAGGUUCAGUAUCAACCCACCACAGCUCCCCACGGAGUGACUACACUACUUACGCCAACAGCAACCACGCUGCCCCCAACAGCAACGCCUCGCCCCCCGAAGGCUUCUCCUCAGCCAGCCUGCAGACCAGCGACGUGGUCAUCCACCGAAAGGAGAACGAAGGUUUCGGCUUCGUCAUCAUCAGCUCCCUCAACAGGCCUGAGUCCGGAGCAACGAUAACUGUACCCCAUAAAAUUGGGCGAAUCAUCGAUGGAAGCCCGGCCGAUCGCUGUGCCAAACUCAAAGUUGGAGACCGGAUAUUAGCUGUGAAUGGCCAGUCUAUCAUCAACAUGCCUCACGCAGACAUCGUGAAGCUCAUUAAGGAUGCAGGCCUUAGUGUGACCCUCCGCAUCAUUCCUCAGGAGGAGCUGAGCAGCCCUGCGUCAGCCCCCAGCUCGGAGAAGCAAAGCCCCAUGGCCCAGCAGCAGCAGCAACAGCAGCAGCAGCAGCAGAGUCCACUGGCCCAGCAGCAACAGCAGCAGCAGCAGCAGCAGCAGAGCAGCCCCGUGGCGCCCACCAGUCCCAUCUCCCAGCCCCCUCUACCACAGCCGCUCCAGCUCCAAGGGCACGAAAACAGUUAUAGGUCAGAAGUGAAAGCGAGGCAGGAUGUGAAGCCAGACAUCCGACAACCUCCGUUCACAGACUACAGGCAGCCAUCCACAGACUACAGGCAGCCACCCUUGGACUACAGGCACCCGCCCGGUGUGGACUACCAGCAGCCACCGCCACUAGAUUACAGGCAGCCACCGCUGAUAGACUACCGGCAACACUCUCCUGACACUCGGCAGUAUCCUCUCUCAGACUACCGGCAGCAGCCCCAGGAUUUUGAUUAUUUCACCGUGGAUAUGGAGAAAGGCGCCAAAGGAUUUGGAUUCAGCAUUCGUGGAGGACGGGAAUACAAGAUGGAUCUUUUUGUGUUGAGGUUGGCAGAAGACGGGCCGGCAAUAAGGAACGGAAGGAUGAGGGUGGGAGAUCAGAUCAUUGAAAUCAAUGGGGAGAGUACGCGGGACAUGACCCACGCCAGAGCAAUAGAACUCAUCAAAUCCGGGGGUCGGAGAGUGCGGCUCCUGCUGAAACGUGGAACGGGACAAGUCCCAGAAUAUGACGAACCAAACUCCUGGAGCUCUCCCCCUGCCACCUCCCCAGGUCUGCCGGAAGUAGCGGUUUCCCUGGAAGACAUAAUCUCACCAUUAUCUUCAUCGCAUCUAGCCCCACCCUCUGACCCUCCCCACCAGAGAAACCCAGAUCCCACAUGGGAGAACAGGCGGGGACCCGACGCAGGAAUACCAAAGGAGCUUCCAGCCAAUGGCCAGAAGAAGAAACGGUUGGGAGAACAGAGAGAGAGAUCCACCAGUCCCAAGAAAGUCGACAGGUCAAGGCACGAGGAGGCCCCCAGGAAGGGUCUCUCCGAGGGUAGGUCCCAGAGAGCUGAGGGUGGCCGGCAGGCCUCAGAGAAUCCGGCCCCUGGAUGGAGGACCUCGGCCGAGAUUGGGACGGGAGAGCCGGGGGCUGCUGGAGCCGACGAUGAACGACGUGGGAGGCUCAAGAUGGCCGAAGCCCUCCGGGGAGGGUCCCCCGGGAAAAGGGACGACCCCGGAGGGCUGGGCACCGAGAAGAGGGCAGCCAUGGCCAAUGAUCCCAGCCGGCUCGAGCCACUUGGGGCCACGAAGGCGCAUGGGAGCGGGAGCGGUGGCCUUCACCGGAACGGCACGGGCCCCGUCCCCCAGGAGCCGGGCGGGAAACCCUGCGACUGCCCGGGGAAGAGUCAUUUCCAUCCCAGCAGUGGUCGCCAGGCAGCCACCGCCCGGAAGACGACCGUCUCCCCGGGGCCUUGGAAGAUCCCCGGUUCUGACAAGCUUCCGAGCGCACUGAAAUCCAGCCCUUCGGCCGCCAGUAGAUAAGGGCUGCCGUCCUGGCCCUCCAUUCCACAUCAACACAGGACGUCCUUUUCCGGUUCUGUCUCACGUCCUUUAAUUUAUUGCAGCGGCCACGUGGAGAUCCACGAGUCCUUGUGGCUGGAAGCCAUCACGUGUAAUCCACACGAGUGUGCGUGGGACCGAACGACUCUGAGCGGCAAACAGCAAACCUGGAGAAGAAUUCAAAUUGACCCAAAAGCUCCCCACACCCCAGUUCCAUUUUCGGGACUUUGGCAGCUAUGGAAGAACCAAAAUGAUCUGAAGUCCAUCAGAGAAGGACAGUGCAGUGUAGCUUUAGGAUUUUCCUCCACCUCCUCUCCCCCACCGGCCAUUCCCCGCCCUCCCUGCCGCCGCCACCACCACCACUGCAUGAAGGACUUGGAUGUCUGCCACAUUUGGUAUCAAGAAACUGGCCACAACCAGAGCCACCACAGACUGGAAUCUCGCCUUAAAUCCAACUGCACGGAGCAAGCCGAAACUGAGAAAAAGAUUCUCUCUUUUAAUUGAGUGAAAGCGUUGUAAAUACGUUGUCCUCGACAUAUCUAGACAGGGGUCAAAGGGUUUCUUUGGGGAAACGCACGGGGCGGAAUGGCUGGGCUGGGUUUCCGCAGUCAGUCAACGCUGCCUCCAAGCUCGGGAGGCCUCCAUUCACUGCAGGCUUCGCAGGGAGCUGGAAAUCUAGUGAAUCGAUUGGUGUGAUGCCAUUUCUACUGCCAUUUUUGUGAACAGAUCAUAUUUCUGUAUGUCAGGUGGGGGUUGGGGGAGGGAGGGGCAGGAGUUCUAUUUGAAAAAUCCAUCCUGGAAAACACUUUGCCACCAACUCAGACUUUCACAGUAUCGCUCACAGAUGCUAAUUGGUCUUCACCUAAAGUAGAAAUUUCACAAUUAGAGGACCACAGCCUAGUGCAACUUUAAAGUGAAAGAAGCUGCAGCUUCCUUGUGCAGAAGGCCUUCCCAUCCUCUCUCUGCAGCCCCAAAUUUCUAAGUUCCUGAUUAUCAAAACUCUAUUGCUCCGAUUGCUUGGCCUUUGUAGGGACAUCUUCUCAUCAUUUUCCCCUGAUUCCAGUUGCCUUCAGAAGAAAUACUCCGAUAUCUCCGAGGCUCAAUGUUGCUCAAAUAGAAAAGGCCAUUAUUAUGGCCAAUUUAUUUUCAUUAGUGGACAUCCAAGCAAUAAAGUCCCUUUUAUCACUUUUCUCUGCCUCCAUGUCCUCGGUUUUCUCCUCCUUUUGUUACCUUCUUAUUUCAGAGUUCGGAGCUGAGUUAAUAUUGGCGUGGAAGGGUCCCUUAAGUCCCUAGGUAGUAUCAUUUCCUUUUGUUUAAGAGAGGGAGAGAGAGUGCAAAAGAAAUUGGAGAGAGAAAGAGAGAGAGGGGGUCAGUGGUCCUGGGGCUCAUGCCCUAGCCCAGUCCAUUUUUAGCCAGCUCAGUUUAACACAUCCUCUCUCCCCCUAGCACUGGGCCAACUGCAAGCUCUUUCAGAAAAACCGCUUCCACCUUGGGGGAAGCCACAGCCCAGUCAUUUCAGAAGCGCCCCUCUUCAGGUUCCUAUCCAUCAGCCUGGACUGGGCAAGGCCCUCUCCAGAGCAAUGAUUGGAGCCAUCUCGCCUGAGGAGCGGCUUCCCUGGUCCGGGCAACAGUCCACCCCUCCCCAGCCCUUUCCUCGGCCCCCGCCUUGACCCUAGCAAUUGGGGUGGAAUUUUCCCCCGACCCAUGAGGAGGUAACUGAGGUGGUGGGAAGGUUCCAGAAAAGAACGCUGCAGCUUUUUGAGUCCAUCUUCUAAAAGAGAAACUCCACCCAAAAAUCAACAAAAAAAGCACAAACCCAUGUAGCCGUUUACAGCCCUUUUAUUUAAUACCAACUAGUCUUUAUGCCCCAAACUAGAAGCCCAGGAUACUUUGCCAUUAAUUUAUUGAAUCUGAGUUUGGACAAUGCUUCUGUAGUGUAGCUGCACGUCCCAGUACUGUAUCCUCUGACCUUUAUUUUCCAUGUGUAAAAGAAAUGAAAAAAAAAUUGAAGAUUACGCUUGCAUAAACUCUAAUUUGCACAGUUCACAGCUACUACUUGUGCAGUAAUUGCUUUAUGCGGCUGUAAUCGAUAACCUGUGAAGACAGUACAUCAUCUAAACCCCAUUCCAAAUAAUAUUUCUGUGUAGUGUUAGCUGUGAAUUUACCCUGUACAGCUGUAUCUCUAUAAAUAUAAUUCCAUGUAUUAAUAGUCACAGAAAGGCUGUAAGUGAGCAACUAUUUUUAUGAAACGCACCAUUAUGGAUAAAUUAACUUUUACAGAAAUCUUGUUUACUGUAUGAUAUUCUAAAACACUGUCAAAUAAAAUAUAUAUCCAAAAAUC